CCCCCACAAGGUUUAAAGUAUUGUGAUCCAUACCACUCGCCGUAGUUCCAUAAGCGUUAUUGUGCAUUUUUGGAAUUGGAGACUUUAUCUGAGAAGAUGAGUGAUAGUUUGAAAAGAAGAUUUGAGUUCCCCAGUCGUCUGAUAAAGGCCCAGACUGUGAGAAGUCUUGUGGCUGCUGUACUUAAAGAGAAGACAAUUACCCAAUCCUGCUCUCUGGGUCCAGCUGCCGAGGCUUUGUGGGAACAGUGCUGUAGUGAUUGCAUUGUGGUGCGCUCAGACUGUUGCAACGCUUUGGUGCUUCUGGUGGAACAAGGCCAGGCUGACCUGCAGUAUGUUCUGAACAGAAUCCUAAACCUUUUACCAUCUACCAGGAAUGGACGCGGGUUAAUAAAGGUGAUUGGGAGGCUACUUCAAAUGCAAGCAGACAAACGAGACAGGGAGGUCCCCUUCACGUGCCCCUACAACAUAAGAAGCAACCCACAUCCGUACAUCACUGUGCUGGAGAACUGUCCGGACAGCUGGACUGCCCUGCUGAUGGAGAUGAAUGACAUCCUCCAGGAAGCAAUGGACAGGGAUGAAUCUGCAUACGUGACCAUGUUUGCACCCUUCCUACGCUACUUGUAUUGUGAGCCUCAACGACUGCCUCAGCAUGCUAUGCUUAGACACAGCCUACUCAAGGUCUUACUGCCCACACAACCAGGAGAGAGUACUCACAGCAAUCAGGCGCAAACCACUGAAGCCUUCCACAGCUUGGUUAGCUGUCUCUAUGACCUGGUUUCAUAUAUGCAGGUGGAUACUGUCGAGGCAGUCUUGGAGAUACAGAGUUUUGUGGAGGCUUUGCUCCCGACCUUGGGUAGAGCCUCCAGGGACUGUUGGAGAUCCAUGAGGGCUUGUUUGAUUCUGCAGCUGCUCUCUGCCUGCAGGCUAAGCCUGAAGCUCAUAGGGGAAUGUCAUCCCUUGCUCCGAUUAUUACAGCGGCUCCUACCAAUUUACUCAGUGGAGUUACCAGUAGAGGAGGUGAUGGUGGGUUUGGCCCUUCUCCUUCUGGAGGCACCAGCAUCCCAACAGACAGCACUAUUAAGCCUGGCCCUCACUCUGGCCCCCCCUGAGUCAGAGCGGACCCCAUGGGGUACUCCCGUGCUGUUGUUGCCCCUCCUACAGGUGGUCUCCUGCUCUGCUCUCAUGGAGCCCCUGACAGACACCGGCACUUACUCACAAAAGCAAAUCCUGGCUCAAAGCCUCCUGCAGAGCACUCAGCAAGAGACCCUAAUGCCUGCUGAGGGUAGUAUUGAGCUGACCUUACCCCUCAGCCCAUGGCACAAUGAGUUACAGGUGGUCACACGCGUGUUACGCAGGGUGACAGGGGAUUUGAUAGCUGCCAGAGAGUGGCUCCUGUCAGUCAUUUCAAAUCUGUCCGUCAGCAAGUGUGUCCCCAAGCCACUGACACUCAUCGUUGCCCACCUCAUUGUCACCGGCCAUGGGGAUGUCUGUCAAUUGGCCCUGCAGGCUGCAGUGGUCAUCGCUAACAUGGACCCCUCACAGGUCACAUCCCUUCUUCCUGUUCUGUUGUUUAAGCUUGGGAAGAAGUGUGACCCAGCCUUGACACACACCAUUCUCUAUUCCUUGCCAAGUCUUGGGACCCACAAGUUGGUUGUUCCUCAGGUGCUGCACACUCUCCAGAUCCUUGCUAGCACAUCUAAGCUUCGUGGAGUGGCUUUGCGCCUAAUGACUGCUCUUUGGGAGAAGCAGGACCGUGUGUACCCUGAGCUCCAAAGGUUAAUGGGCCAGCUGGACAAAACGUCUGGGUUGGUGGGAAAGGAGGACCAAUGGGAGCAGGUCUUGGCCAGAGCCACAUGCAUAAGAGACAUCUGCAAGGAGAGGCCUUACCAACACGGGGGUGAUAUGCUGGCUGCUAUAACACACAUUCUAACCCAGUGUACCAGGAGUGACCAGGCCCCCCCUGCAGCCCUGGCCCUGCAAGGUCUACACGAGCUCUGUCGAGCUGAGGUAGUAGACAUUUGUUCUAUGUGGAGGAUCCUUGGCCCCAAGCUGAGCUGUGACUCCAGACCCCUGGUGAUUAAGACCAUAGCUGACCUCCUGGCUUUGGUCCCACAGUUGACUGUAAAGUCUGAAGAGUAUGAGAAACUCAAAGAGCAGGUGACCAGUUUGCUCUGGGGCUAUGCUCUGAACAAGGACCAUGAGGUGGCCAACUGUGGCUACAGAGCUCUGUCAUAUUUCUCUGAGACAGCAUUCACAACCCUGCACCUACCUGAGAAGGCUAGGCCAUCAGCAAAGCUUCCUGAAAGUGAAAAGGGUGAACAGGACAUUGAUAAAGGAAGUGAGAAUGAGCAAGAUUUGUCCGUUCCAGGUUCAUCCUAUGUGAAGCUUAUUGGUGUCACCUCUCCAUCAGUCUUACCAGCCCUUGAGAGUCUGCUGACGUCACUAGUAAAGCAGGAGAUGAGCCAGAUGCCCCGUGGGGUGUACCACACAGCUUUGAAAGGAGGGAUCUUGCGUUCAGAUCAGCUGAAAACAAUGGCAGGGAUCCCAGCGUUCAUGUUGAAGACCUAUGAGAAAAACAAACAGCCUGGUUUAAAACCAGGACUGGCAGCUGGCCUGCUUCUUUCCUACGACCUGCCUGUUCAAACGGACCGCAACGGUCAGCCUAUCAACCGAUUCUUGCUCAGCCAGAGCCGCAGCUACCAACAGAUGUUAUCCACUCUUAUUCAUGAGGUGAACAUACAGCCAUCAGAGUGGCAUCGUGCCCUCCUACUUCCCAAAGGCUGGCAAGGGUUCAUGAGUCGAGCCUUCCAUGCCGUUUUACAGGGUCGACGUGCAGAACUCGAGAUGCAGAAGAAGCAGGCCAAAGAGAGUCUCGAGGAGCUACAAUACAAACAGCACUGCGUCUGGCUCUGGGUCAGGGACCAGCUUACUGAUGUCGUCAAAUCUGCAUCAAAAGACAGCCCUGUGGUGCAAGGGAACUCCAUCUUGGCUCUGAGCGGUCUGGCCACUGUCUUGGCCAAGUAUGAGAGUAAUCUACAUUCAGAAACAGAGGUCGGAUUUGAGGUAGGGACGGAAAUCAUACCUACAGCCACCUGGUUAGCUAUGUUGAUAGACACACUACUUAGCAUCAUCAAUAGCACCUAUCAACCCAAAGGACUUGUCUUCCCCUGGUUCCAACACCGAUCCUAUUCUGGAGAAAACACAGCUAGCAUCAUCGCCCGCUCCUGUGCUGCCCUGGCACUAUCCCAGAUGGUGCCUGUGCUGGUCUCCAAGCACAAGGAGUAUCUGCCUGAGGUUCUGUCCAUCCUGAGAGCAGGGCUGCCUGAUUCGCCCUCAGUAGAUGAAUCACAAACUGUCCAGUUCCAUAGUGGCCUUGCCUUGGGAUUGGUCCUCUGCAGUCUGCACGAGGAACGUCUUAGUGAUGUGUCAGAUAAGAAGAUGAAUGAUAUGCUGAGGAACUCACUGGAUACUCUUGAAGCCUGCUGCUUUGACACCAACCUGGAGUACAAUAUGGGCUGUGUGCUUGGCAUGGGCCUGGUGUUGGUGGCUCUGUGUGGCAGCAGGCAGGUUGACCACAAGGCAAAAGUUUCCGGCACCCUGGACAAACUGCUAUUAGGCCUCCAGGAGAGUGCAAACCAGGGACGCAUGCUUCAAGAGGUGUUUGCCUACUCGUUAGCUUGUGUGGCUGUGUCAGCCUUUACUGUAGGAUUUGUAAGUGCCACCAAAGCAGAGGAGGUCAUGAACACAAUACGCAACAAAACAGAGGAGAGUCAACAGACUCCAGGUUUCUCACUAGCCCUGGGUCUAGUGGUUCAUGGAUUGUCGCAAUGCGGCCAUGGCAAGGUUGAGGACAUUCACCCUCGUCUCUUAGCUGCCUGGAUCAAGAUCCUACUUGCAGAGGACUGUCCUACCAUGCAGAGGUUGGCUGCUGUCAAUGGGUUGAUGGCACUGGUGGGCUCUGAGAGUAACCUUACUCAGUUGAAAAAUCAAUCAGAGCAGUCCUCUCUGCUGCAGAGCAAUCUAAAUGAAGUAAUCCAGGCAACAACACAGAUUAUCACUUACUCAAGGGCAAUCGGGCUGCAGUCUAAUAGUGCGUGUCUACUGGGCCACCUGCACUUGGUCCAGAUGUCAUCGGGUCAUAGUCCCAUAGCAGUUCCUCAAGGCUUCAGUUACCUAACAGAGAAGAGUGUCAUAAGAUCUUUAGGGGAUUUCAUCACAGAGGCAGGAAGAAAAGGACCUGAGGUGACCUUUCCUGAACUGGUUAAGACAGCGCUUGGUCCUCUGGCAGCAGAAGGCAAAAGUUUCCAGUACCCUCCUAUCAACUGGAGUGCCAUACUCUCCCCUUUAAUGAGGCUAAACUUUGGUGAAGAAGUCCAGCAUCUAUGUAUGGAGCUGGCAGCGAGUCAGGCCCAAUCUUCCCAAAGUGCCUCUCUCUUCUUAGGGUCCUGGCUAUGCUCACCUCUUGUAUACAGUCUUUCGUGUCACACACAAGGCCACCUAUAUCACACUCUGAGUGUGUGGAUGAAGUAUGUGCCAGAGGAAAAGCUUAAAGUGUUUGUGGAGACCCUGGGUGUACAACAGUUCCACCCUGAGCUCCAGCCACAGCGCCUGGACCUGUGUCUCUCCCUCCUCAGAGGCCUGGCCCAAGCUAUGGCCCUCCCCAACCCCCCCAACCACUGUUGGGCCAUCUUAUGUUCCACCACAGAGAAAAUAUUUGCCAUCCUCCCCAACAACAUACAGGACAGUGAGGUGGGCUUGUAUUUGGAAAUCUCCAAAUGUUUGUCUAAAUUUCCUGACACAGAGAUUGACCGGAUUGCUCAUGUCACAGAGACUCAGGUGGAAAAGACAUGCUUUGUCUUGGCCCAUCUGACUUCCCAGGGACGAGUACCACUACUGGGGCUGAACAGUGUUAUUUCCGCAGUGCUGCAUGGUUGGCCUAGCCAGCGGGUAGGCUGGCUUCUCCUACAAACCUUCCAUCAAUGCCGUUUGGCAUCCAGCCCUAACACAGGUGUCUCACAGCGGAUGGAGUGGCUCCUUGAACUGAUGGGACACAUAAGAAAUAUUGCAUACGGAGCCACCGUUCCAAAUUGUGGAAAUGCCAAGCAGAUGACACAAUUCCUUAUCCAAGUAUUUGCAGCUGCUGUGGUGUCCUGGAGUGACCACACAAUACCCCUCCUCAUAGGAAUAAGGGCCCAGUGGUUGCCAUGGAAACAAGAAUACAAGCUGCCUGUUCUGCCUCACUCCUUUUAUGGUGACAUGUUGCUAACUGAGCAGUCACUUUCAUUGUGCCUGCUGGGAUUACCCCCAUGUCUGAAGCAUCUGUUGGUCAAGGAGCCCUGGUGCAGCCAAUCACCAAAGUUUAUAGACUGGCUACUGAGCAUUACAGAGGGUCCUGAGGCUGGCCUGUCACCAACAUCCAUCAUUGCUGCCAAAGCUGCCCUGCUAGCUCUGAGGACCACUCCGGAAUUCAAGAAAAAAGCAGUGUGGACCAGAGCUUAUGGUUGGUAGCAUGGAGACCCUUCCUGCCGUGUAUUGCAUAAAAAGCAAUUAUGGGCUUAUUCAGAUGUGAAAGAAUACUGACUUCUUCAUGCACGAGAGCAACAGCUGCUUAUGAUUGUAAUCUGAGUCUGUGUUACUCUCAGCCAUUUGGCUUGUUUGACCGAGCAAAUAUUGCUUGGUUUUUCAUAGAAUCCUGGAGCAACAUGCCAUUUUGUUUGAGACUUGUACGUCGGCUUUACUGAUACAUUAAAGCAAAAUACUGUGUUUUUCAUAUGUAAACAUACAUGAUCAUCAACAUUAAAUGAAUUCUUCAGAAAAUGUAUUUGACAUUAUUGAUAACAUUUCAAUAUAAUUAAGUGACAACAAAAUAAAUCUAAUAUAUUCAUUAGGGUUCGGUAGGAGGAAUUAUUGUUUUCCUUAGUAUUCCUAUUAUUAUUAGGGUUCCUCCAGUAGGAGUGAACCUGUUGUUUUUGUUAGUAUUCCUAUUAUUAUUA